AUGGCCUCUGGGACAGCUGUAGGAUCUCCAAUUUCCUCCAGAAAAGGUGAAAAAGUGUGAUUGAUUCUGACUUCUCGUUUCCGAUUGCAACCAGUUCGUCUUCUGAUGUAUUUCUUCUUCUUGUCUGAAAUAUUAUUUCCACAAUGGGAAGUGGUGAUUCAUCUGAGGGCGACUGGAGACGCUCCCAUUCUCAAACAGAACAAGUUCAAGGUGAUUAUUCUUCGUCCCGUUCAUCCCCGCACUCUACUCGUUGAUGAUCAUUGUGAAGGAUAACCCUCGAGGAUAUAUGAUCGAUGCCCUAAACAGUAAGAGCUCAAGUAUCAAAGGCAUGAUAAUAAACAGAAAUAUUCUUUUUUAAUUUUUGAAGGACCUUUGUAAGGCCAGCAAAAUCUGUCAUUCCUUGGAUUAGCCUUGUUUUCCUUAUUGGAUUUAUAAGUUUUUGAGCAACCUUUCGUCAGGUUCUUACUGAGAUUUUUUUGUGCUCAAAUUUUUCGAAUUGGACGCCUUUUCCGGUGGAACAUUGACUCACUUGAUCCCUAAUUAACUAACAAAAUUCUUGUCCACCGCUGGGAUCCUGAUCAAUAAGCAUUGUUAUGUGUUCCGUCCAUUCACUUGGUAGAUCAUUUUCUAGAUCAUAGAUCUAUUAUGAUCGAUCAUAUCGCAAAUCAUUGUCGCUCCAACCGGAUCAAACCAAUUCAUUAGUCUGACAGACAAUUCAAUUUAAUUUCAAAUCAGUAUGUGGUCUUUAUAAAUUGCUGACUCCAGGAAGAAAAAGAUCUAAGAUUCUUGUUGGAUGAAUGGUGAUCGAAUAUAUAUGAUUCGAUGGAACAACAUGCUAAUCUGCAUGAAGAUUUCACAAUUUGAUAUUAAAAAGAAUGUUCAGUUAUUUACCAGGGUAUUGGCUUGGGAUGUGGAAGAUUAAAUCUCUAUUUAUGUCUUGGACUAGAAAAAAUCACUAUAAUUCGUCCGUGCCUGUGGAUCAGUUGACAUUUUUCACAAGCAACAUGGAAGCUUUAUUCCAUUCUCAUUUAGAGUGUAUCUCCCUCCACUUCCCUAAAUCGCAGCUACUCUGAUUCAUAUUUGACGGUGGAGUUGUUCUCAGCACAAGCCACUUGGUUCAAAUGUGGAAGGCAGACUAGAGCUUCUUUGAUUGAAAGUUUGGCAAUAAUCGAUCCCUUUUUCGUGAGAAUUCUUAUUUUUAUUUUUAUAUGAUCUAUUGUAUCGGAUAUGGGAAAAUACUUUCAGUUUCCUGUGGACGAAACAAAAGCCCAAGAUGAAGCCACUGAUCACAGUCAAUUUCUUCAUUAAAAGUAAAUAAGUUAAAUAGUGUUCUCAUACUAUCCUUUUUUUUUCUCGAAUCUUAUAUCUGAAAUGUGAGUAGGCAUCAACAUCAAGACUUGAUUUAUAUUGAUAAUGGUGUAGUUACCUUCGGGUACUGACCACCCACAUAAAACUAGAGCCUGGUCUGCUCCAGUCCCCUUUUUUUUCCCUAAGUGAAGGCUCAGUCCCUCUCUUUCUCAGCAUGGCCCAUUGUCAUUCCUAGUUGUGCCCCUGAAAAUCAAUUAUAGUCGUGUUUAUAUCCUAUGAAAGUCAGUUAAUUCAUUAGAAAACGGUGAGUGUUUUUUUCUGGUCUGAUACUCUAUUGACUGUGAGGAUUGAUUUCUAUGUAUGGAAUUACUGGAGUUUUUCAUCAGCUCAAGAUGUUUGGUGGGCUACCAUUCAUAAAUUUUUUUUUCAGAAAAUGCCCAACGAAUCAUUUUAUACUUACAAAGCGAGAAAUUCUUUAAAUGGCAGGUAGCUGGAUCAGACAAGUUUGUUAAAAUCAUCGAAUUUCUCCGUGGACAGCUCCACAGGGACACCCUGGUGACUAUUUCUCCCAGAAGUAACCAACGAUUUCUGUGAUUUUCAGUCAAAUGUCAAUAACUGUAUUAACGUUUAUUUUCUCUCUCUUUUGGCAUGGCAGUUUGUGUAUGUAAAUAGUGCAUUUUCGCCUAACCCUGAUGAGUUCGUGAUAGAUCUGUACAAUGUAAGUUAUUUUUCUCUCAGUUUGAAUAAACCUUAAAUAACCCCGGUCUGAGUCUGUCAUUAGAAUCACUUCCACAGCUGAAAGCUUAUUGCCAUCUUACACAUAUGGGUGCUAAUAGGCCAGAUGUUUUCCUUAACUUUGGGAAGAAAAAUAUGCCCGGCCCUGCCAAGGUCCUGAUCUGAGCCCAACUCAGGUUCCAUAAGGGUCCAUUACGGGUUUCUAAAAGGCUUGGCCCAACCCGGGGUGGCUGCUCUGAACCCAAGAUUCUUUGGUUUAAUGGGAGAUAAUGUAGGUAUUUCCCUGAAUUUGUUGCUACACCCUGGCUUGAUUCUUAUUUUGUUUUGAUCCACAGAAUUUCGGAUUCGAUGGGAAACUUGUGGUCAACUACGCUUGUUCCAUGGCGUGGGGCUAA